AUGAUACCAAAUACAUUUUCUACAAUCCUGCGAGCUCUGCUUAACCGUCAUGAGUGUUUGUGGGACACUGAAAAUGUGAAUUACAAGAAUCGUGAUGCACGUAGUGCUGCACUUGUAGCAUUUUCACAAGAAUUUGGAGUUGAUGGUUUGGGACCUAAGGAAAUUACAAACAAAAUAAAAAACUUAAGAACGCAGUAUCACGCGAAAAGGAAAAAGAUAAAAGAUUCAAUGAGCACUGGUUCCGGUACUGCUGAUAUUUACAAGUCCAAACUCUCUUGGUAUAAUUUAAUGGAUUCUUUUUUAAGGAAAACUUCUGAACACAGAGAAACAACAUCAAAUAUGAAUGAUACGUCUCUGGCAUCACAAGAAAUAGUUUUAGAAUAUUUUGAAAAUGAAAAUACGGAAAAUAUUGAAAAUGUUAUGAAUUCAAAUAUACAAGUCGUCGAUGAUGUGCUUCCGUUUCCAAUGCCUAAAAAAACAACUAAAAAAGCAGGUUACAUAGAAUCGGCCUUAGAUAAACUGGACAAUAUUGAAAAAAGAGCAAGACUUGAAAAAAAGACGAUGAUUUGGACAAUUUCGGAAAAUAUGUUGCGUCUUCAUUACGAAUUUUGA